UGAUAACCGGGCUCAUUACAGGCGAGCUUCGAUGACAGCCAUGAUGAUCUACCCUCUACUUCUUUCUGCAUUGCCUCUGCUCAGCAGCGCCGCGCUGACCUACCGCGGGGCGGAUAUCUCCUCCCUUUUGAUCGAGGAAGAUGCCGGCAUCAGCUAUAAGAACUUGAAUGGCGAGACCCAAGCAUUGGAGGAUAUUCUGGUCAACAAUGGUGUCAACUCGAUCCGACAGAGGGUGUGGGUCGAUCCCAGCGAUGGUUCGUACGAUCUCGACUAUAACCUCAAGCUGGCCAAGCGUGUUCAGGCCGCGGGUAUGAGCAUCUACUUGGAUCUGCAUCUCAGUGAUACGUGGGCAGACCCCAGUGAUCAGACUACCCCUACCGGUUGGUCGACUACGGACAUCGACACACUCACCUGGCAGCUAUACAACUACACGCUCGAAGUCUGCAACACCUUCGCGGAGAAUGACAUUGACAUCGAGAUUGUCUCCAUUGGCAACGAGAUCAGCAGCGGACUUCUUUGGCCACUGGGCAAGACCAGUAACUAUGACAACAUCGCGAAGCUUCUGCACUCCGGAGCCUGGGGAGUGAAGGACUCCGACCUGACCACGACCCCGAAGAUUAUGAUCCACCUGGACAAUGGAUGGGACUGGGACGAGCAGGAAUACUUUUACGAGACCGUCCUGGCUACGGGGUCACUGCUCUCCACGGAUUUCGACCUCAUGGGAGUCUCGUACUAUCCAUUCUACAGCUCGGAAGCAACCUUGUCGGCGCUCAAGACCAGCCUUACGAACAUGCAAUCAAACUACGAUAAGUCCGUGGUGGUGGUGGAGACGAACUGGCCCGUGUCGUGCCCGGACCCUGAGUAUUCAUUUCCGUCGGAUCUCACCUCGAUCCCCUUUUCGGCUGCAGGCCAGGAGGAGUUCCUGGAGAAGCUGGCAGAAGUGGUAGAGGGCGUCACGGAUGGACUGGGCAUUUAUUACUGGGAACCGGCAUGGAUCGACAAUGCCGCCCUGGGAUCCAGCUGCGCGGAUAACCUGAUGGUGGAUGUUAACACGGAUGAGGUGUUGGAGAGUGUCACUGUGUUUGAGGACCUGUGAUUUUCCUCGCUUUCCUGUUUGAGAGCACCAGGAUGAUGCAUCUCAGCUAUUGUGUAUUGUAAUAAGUAGUGAUGUUCCAGCGUAUGUGUGUGUGUGUGUGUGAC